AUGAGCAGGGAAAACCAGACAUGGGUGAGUGAGUUCACGCUGCUGGGGCUGUCCAGCUGCUGGGAGACGCAGGCCUCCCUCUUCAUCCUCUUCCUGGCCAUGUAUCUGAUGACUCUGCUGGGGAACUCCCUCAUCAUCCUCCUUACCAGACUGGACAGCAGGCUCCAUACGCCCAUGUACUUUUUCCUCAGUGUCCUGUCCUUUGUGGACAUCUGUUAUACCAACAGCACUGUCCCUCAGAUGCUUGUUCACUUCCUGUCAGCCCAGAAGUCCAUCCCAUUCCACAGCUGCGUGUGCCAGCUCUACGUGUCCCUGGCUUUGGGCAGCUCAGAGUUCUUCCUGCUGGGAGCCAUGGCCUAUGACCGCUACGUGGCGGUGUGCCACCCGCUUCACUACACGGUCAUCAUGCAUGGAGGGCGCUGCCUGGGGCUGGCUGCCGGCUGCUUGGUGGCUGGUUUCACGAAUUCACUGAUGCAGACAACGACCAUCUUUCAGCUACCGUUUUGCCGUCAUGUUAUUAGUCACUUUGCCUGUGAGAUGCUGGCUGUGCUGAGGCUGACCUGUGUGGACAUCUCCUUCAACAAGGUCAUGGUGGCCAUCUCAGGAUUCCUGGUCAUCAUGCUUCCCUGUUUUCUGGUCGUAUUCUCCUAUGGCCGUAUAGUCGCUGCCAUCCUGCACAUUCGCUCUGCGCAGGGACGCCGCAAAGCCUUUGGGACCUGUGCCUCCCACCUCGCUGUGGUUUCUAUGUGCUUCGGAACAGCCAUCUUCACGUACAUGAGGCCCACGGCCGGCCCCUCAACAGAACAGGAGAAGAUGGAGAAGAUGGUCGCUCUGUUCUACGCUGUGGUGGCCCCCAUGCUGAACCCCUUAAUCUACAGCUUGAGGAACAAAGAGGUGGCGAGUGCCCUAAGGAGAGUGCUGAGAAAAUUUAAUGAAAAAAGGUAA